AAAUUAAGCAAAAAUAUUGGAAGAUUUACACGCAGCACUCUCUCUUUGUCGAACCAGUCGUCCAACCUUCUCUUUUGAUUCUCUCUUACAAUCAUGAAGUAUCUUAUUGCACUUGCUGCCCUCAUAGUCUGUGCCACAGCAUUUGAAUACACAGCUGAAUGGGAGCUAUGGAAACGAACCAACGGAAAGGACUACUCCAGCGACAAGGAAGAGCUCUACCGUCAAACCAUCUGGGAGGCGAACAAGAAGAUAGUCCUCGAGCAUAAUGCAAACGCUGACAAGUGGGGCUGGACUCUUGAGAUGAACGCAUUCGCUGAUCUAGAGUCCUCCGAGUUUGCUGCAAUGUACAACGGCUACAGGCGGUCCGCCAGGAAGAGCAACGCCACCAGGUACCAUGUACCCACUGGUAAUGCUCUACCCGACACUGUGGACUGGAGGACAAAGGGAGCAACUAACCUUGAUCAUGGUGUACUGGCCGUUGGGUAUGGAACCGAACCAAGUGGUCUCUUCCAUGAGGAGAAACCCUACUGGCUCGUCAAGAACAGCUGGGGCCCAGACUGGGGACAGCAGGGAUACUUCAAGAUUGUUAGGAAGGACAACAAGUGUGGUAUAGCCACUGAUGCCUCUUACCCCACUGUUUAAGAGAGAGAGAGGAGGGUUCUCCUCACCACUGCUGUAGGAACUGAUUGUCUUUGUACUGUAUAAUGUGAAAAACUCUUACUCUUCCUUUAAGCUACUUUAGUUUUUUUUGUCUAAUAUUACUUCCCAUAACUACAUGCUAUUAUCCUUAGUGUUUUGAUUUCUUAAUGUUAACCAUAUCCUUUCAA